AUGCUCGUGUCUCUCCUACUCGUCACACUGGCAAGCAGCGCCAGCUGCAGCGUCAUUCUUAAUACGCGUCAGUCAAACGCCAAAGUCAUCGACCCUGGCGCCACACCCGACGGUGCUAGUGGACCGAUCCCAGAGUCCUUUGUGGCUUACAGUAUCGAAUUCAGCUCGUUUCCCGAAUUUGCAGGCAACUUAUCAAGCCCAAACACUUUCUCAAACAACCUACUCGAUAACCUGGCCCAGCUCCAAGGAACAAAACCUUACAUCCGAGUUGGCGGUAACACACAAGACUACGCCCUCUACAAUGCAUCCCUACCCAUCGCCCUCAACGGCACAGUCAUCCCUUCGCGCUCCCCAGACUACCCUUACCUCAUCGACAUAGGGCCAUCGUACUUCGAAUCGUAUCUCACCCUCCCCGGCGUCAAGUUCAUCCACGGCUUCAACCUUGCCAAAAACUCGACUUCGGAUCAUGCGCGCUUGCUCGAGUCGGUACCGCUUGUCUGCAAGGCGCUCAGCCACGGCAAUCUGCUGUACUGGCAGCUGGGCAACGAGCCGGAUCUGUUCAAGACGGCAUCGCAGGGCAUCCUGAGGCCGCGGAGCUAUGACGAGGCGGCGUAUGUGGCCGAGUGGCAGAAUCUGACGACCCAGAUCAUGGGCGUUGUUGCCGAGGCGUGUCCCGGGCUGAGUAAUGAGCAGUGGGUUGCGCCGAGUUUUGGGGGUGUGGGUAACAGCUUGAGGCAGGUGCCGACGUGGGCUGCUGGACUGAACAGCCAGGGGAAGGUGGUGUUGAUUGAUUCGCAUAACUAUAUCGGCGGCGCAACUCAGCCCGGUAUCUCCCUCCGCGGCACACUCAUGAAUCACACCCGUACGCGCCUCUCCGUCGAUGCUCAAGUCGCCGUCAAAAAUUCGCUCGCGCAAUACUCUCUUCCCUUCAUCCUUGGCGAGACAAACUCGCUCUACAACCAAGGCGCACCCGGUCUGUCCAACUCGUUCGGUGCCGCUUUGUGGAAUCUCGACUUCGCACUGUACUGUGCAUCACAGGACAUCAAACGCGUCCACAUGCACCAAGGCACGAAUUACCGUUACCAGUCGUGGCAACCCGUCACCACAGCAUUAGGCACAAAGGGAACCAAAGCGCCGUACUAUGGAAAUGUGGCGACGGCGGCGGCGCUGGGAGAUUUGAGGGGCGGGGAUGUGAGAGUGAAGCAUAUCGCAUUGGCUGCCGAGACGGAUGCAGGCUAUGCGGUGUAUGCGAAGGGCGUGUUGAGGAGCGUGGUCAUAGUCAAUAUGGUACCGUACAAUGCGUCGAGUACUGUGACUAGGGGUAGUGAGACGUAUAGUGUGAAGCUGCCGGUCGGGUGUACGAGCGACGCUGUUGUGCAGAGGUUGCUUGCUCCUGGAAGCGAUGUGAUUGACGGAGCGACGUUCAACGGGGUCAGUUAUGAUCUAGCGCUGGAUGAUGGGAAGCCGGUUGUUGUGGAGGGGAUGAAGAGAGACGAAGGAGUGACGGUGGAGUACGAUGGAGAGCUUGCGGUCGAUGUGCCGUGGUCGAGCGCGGCGGUCGUCCAGCCUAGCUGUGUUUAG